AUGAGGCUCUACGGCCUCGGCGCCACAAACGUGCUCGACGUGCGAAUGGUCGACUCGUCGGGAAAAAUUCUCGACAAGGACUCUAUGGGCCCCGACGUGUUCUGGGCCGUUCGGGGCGGCGGCGGCAGCUUCGGCGUCGUCCUCGCUUGGAAGCUCCGGCUAGUCCCGGUUCCGGAGAAUGUCACCGUCUUCACUGUCACAAAAACGAUGGAAAACAAGGGGAUAGACUUGCUGCACACCUGGCAGACGGCUGCCCCGGCUGCCGAUCCGAGACUAUUCGUUAGGGUCGUCAUGAGUGUCCAGAAAGGAACUGUUCUCAAUUCCUACAAUGCCAUGUUCCUCGGGGACAAGGAAAGCCUCGAGUGCCUAACGAGGAAGAGCUUCCCUGGGCUCAAGCUAAGGUUGAGGGACUGCAAGGAGAUGAGUUGGAUCGAGGCCGUGGUUUACAUUGCGGGUUUCCCACCGGGAACCGAGCCUGAUGUCUUGAUGAAGGGGAAGCCCACGUUCUUGAGCUAUUUUAAGGCGAAAUCAGAUUUUGUGAACCAGCCCAUCACCAAGGACGGGCUCGCGGGCUUGCGGGAUGUGCUCGUGAAGGCCCAUCCCGGAGGGGAGACCGUGAUUUUCACUCCCUUAGGGGGGAAAGUGGCUAACUUGAGCGAGGACGAGCUUCCUUUCUCUCACGGGAAGAACAACUACUUGGUACAAUACGUCGCCUGGUGGAAUGAAGGCAGCAUGGAGAGCCAGAUGAAGAACGAGGAAUGGGUUAGAACGGUGUACAAUUACAUGGAGCCUUUCGUCACUAGUUACCCGAGAGAAUCGUACGUUAAUUACAGGGAUCUCGACUUGGGGCGGGACAAGAGUUGCCGGGGAAACUGCACAUGCCCGUAUUUGUGGGGUGAGAGUUACUUCAAAGGCAACUUUUACAGGCUCAUCUCAGCCAAAUACCAGGUUGAUCAGAAGAAUUUUUUCCGAAAUGAACAGAGCAUUCCGCCUUGGCGCGAGGUGGUGGAGAAGAAGAUAUGUUAUGAUCUGAUUUGA